AUGAAAGCGUACCCCUCCUUGCAGGCAAACGCGAUCUCGGCGGAACUCUCACUUGCUCUGCCUCCCUCCGGUCGUGAACUCCUUUCCUCACUCUCUCCCCUUGGACCUCGCCGUCUUUGUCAGGAAAAUGGGAUAAUGACGCUCGAAGAAACGAACGCGUCUCCUCUGCGGCCGGUCUCUGCUCUCUCUGCACAGCGAUCGCCGCCGCCUGUCUCCUCUCCACGCUCUUCCUUGGACCUAGGGAGGUCUUCGCAUGCGUCUGAAGCCGCCUCUAAGUCUGCCUUUUCUUCUUUCUCUUCUUCGCAUCCACCGGCCGCCUCUUCCGACGCAGUGACACAGGAAAAGCUGCGUGGAUCCGAAAGAAACUCUCGACGAGAAAUCCCGCCUCACGGAGUCGCCAGCACUCCAACCGGGAAGAAUGAGGGCGGCCAGGAGGAUUUGGGUGUACGUACACUGGAAAUGCGAGGAGAGCGACCUCCGGGCGACGGGGACGAGUUGCUUUUGAAUCGAAAAUUCAUUGGUGACCAAGGCUGCAAAGGCGUCACAGCUUCUCUGAUGAAAAGAACGAACUUUGUUCGAAUUGACCUAUCCGCAAACAACAUAACCUCGCAAGGCCUGGCGGCGCUCUUGCCCGGCCUCGCUGUUCAGCGCAGCUUGAAGCAUUUGGAUCUAAACUGGAACAGUCUCGCUUCGCCGGGGAACCUCGCAGGUUCAUCGGGCGCUGGGUCGACCUCGUCGUCGAGGUGUAUGUACACCCUGCAGACGUUCUGCGACUGGGUGUCGACUCACGGGAGUCUCCACACACUCACGCUGGCCCACUGUCGUCUCGGCAACCAAGGCGCUGCAUGCAUGGCAGACGCGUUAAACCGAAAUACGAGUCUGGUGACAGUCGAUUUGAGCCACAACGGCGUCGGAGCCGCCGCAUGCACGCUUCUCGUCCAGGCGGUUGAGAAUUCGAACAAGACCGUUCUACACGUCGACCUCACAGGAAACAGCGCCUCGUACGCGUCGCUGAGUGCUCUCGAGCGCGCCUGUGCGCGGAACCGUGUGAACCGCCAUGUCGCCUGUCUCCAGAGGAAGCAACCCAACCUGCAGAAGUCAGGCGAGAAGCUGAAGCAGCUGCAGACCUACGUUCUUCAACUUGAACGGGAAGUCGCUCUGCGACAAGAUGAAUUCUCCAAGAUCAUCGACGACAUGCAUGCAGACGCUGCCGAGGCAGCGCGAAGGCUUGACGAAGCGCAAGAGGAAGUUCGCCAGUUGAAGGAGAAACUCCGAAGCGUCAGCUUCGACCUCGUAGCGGAGAAGAAGAAAGGCCUCGACGCGGAGAAUCUGAAGAAGGAAAUCCAUGCGCUCCAGUUGAGUGUGUCUUCUCGAGAAACGGAGGUCGCAGAACUGCGGUCGCGAGUGCAGCAACUCGAGGCAGAGAAGCAGCUGCAUGCAGAGGACGCGAAAAGUCUUCGUUCGAAGAGCCAGGCACUGGCUGACGCCUCUCUCCUCACGCAGCAGAGUCUAGAUGAUGCGAACAUGGCAAACAAACAACUGGAGGCCUGUCUGCACCAGAGUGAGAGCCGCCUCGCAGGAUUGUCGCAGCAAGUAGCCAACCUGCGGAGACAACUGGUCGCGGCUGAGGGAGCGGCUGAGGAGCAGAGAACGGCGCUGCUCUCGCGGUGCCAGGCGACCCAGGAGGAGAACCGCAAACUCGAAGAGAAAGUCUUCCAACUCGAGCGGGAACAGCAGCAACUCGAACAGAAGCGCGCACACCUGGCCUGGUCGCUGGAGAAGGAAGAGCGCGAGCGCGAACAAUGGAAACUGCAGGAAGAAGAGAAACGAAAAGAGGAGAGACAAACGCUCCAGGAACAAGCUGAAGAGUGGAAAAACAAGUGUGCUCUGGAGGCCAUUUCUCUCCACGCGCUGACUCUUAGAAACACUCCACAUCCAUGCACAAACCUAUACUUCCACAGAUAG